UUACUUGACUGCUCGACGAUUCCAAUGGUGCUGUUACUUUCAUGGCUAUUUCUCUCAGUUCGAUACUUAAUUUCACAUAUCAUAGGUGUAUGUAUUUGUUUGAUAGGCAUCGCUUGUCUUAUCUGGGCCGAUAUCCUAGACGGCAAAGGAACUAUAGGAGGUAACAAUCGUCUGGUGGGCGACAUGCUCUGCUUGGGUGGCUCGUUGCUGUACUCGAUCGCCAACGUUUCCGAGGAGUUCCUCGUCAAACAGCACAGUCGCGUCGAAUACUUGGGCAUGGUGGGCUUGUUCGGCUCGCUCAUUUCCGGCGUUCAGCUGUCAGUCAUUCUACUGCUUACUUGUUUAGCGAUUCUGGAGCACAAGAACUUGGCGCAACUGGACUGGAAUGCAAUGACGAUCAGCUGUUUAAUUUUGUUCGCCAUAUCGAUGUUCGCCUUCUACUCGCUUGUUACUGUUGUGCUUGAGAAGACAUCGGCUUUAAUGUUCAAUCUGUCCAUACUCACUGCCGAUUUCUAUUCACUUUUAUUUGGACUCUUUCUGUUCAUGGACACGAUCUCUCCAAUCAGAAUGGUUGAGACACCGACUUCUAUAGCAAUGUAUAUCGGUCAAACGGAACCUCACGAUUGUCCGAUUCACGGUCGGACGACCAUCCCCACAACGUUGCCCAACGGAACACGCUACUCAGAGACCAGGCACUGA